AUGAGAAAUUUUAAUGAUGAUAAUCUAUAUGAUAAUCCAUUAAUACCUCCUCCACCUUAUAUUCCUCUUUCUCCUUCCGAUAAUGAUAACAACCCUGUAGCUAACAAAUAUCCUAUUCUAACAAAAAAACGAAUUCUAAUUGGUUGUCUAAUUGGAUCGUCAUUAGCAAUUUUAUCAAUAAUUUCAAUCAAAUCAGUUUUAUCGAUAAAAUCAUCUACAAUAUAUGAUACGACGACAACAAGAACCACUACACUGAAUCAAUCACCAACAACAUCAACAGAAACGGUUUCUUCUUCUUCUUCUAAAUCAUGUCCUAUUUCAGCUGUAAAUGCAGCAUGGAAUAAUUCAGGUAUUGUAUUUGUUAAUCCACUUGCUCGAUGUCUUUCAAAUGAAACUGGUUUAUGUGAUCCAAGAGAUUUAUUUAUCGAUGAUAUUCAUGAUACUCUCUAUAUUGCUGAUAUGGGAAAUAAUCGAAUACAAAAAUACUUAUUAAAUGAAACAUAUAAUUCGGAAGUCGGUGCAACUGGUAUUACUGUUGCUAGCAAAGAUCUUAUUUUACCACAAUCUGUUUUUGUUGAUAUUCAUACCGAAGAUAUGUAUAUUAUGGAUUUUGAUCAGAAAGUCUCAUAUGUACCAGAAAAAUAUGUAUCAGGAAAACUUGUACCAGCAAAAUAUGCAUCUUAUCGAGUUCAUUUAUGGAAGAAAAAUGAUAAUGUUGGAAGAAUUUUAUUUAAUGAAUCAGGUGUUGAUGUUAAUGGUAUAACUGAUCAUUGUCUUACAUUGGAUAAACAAAUGAAUAUAUAUGUUGGAACAAGAUAUUAUAUUAAAAAAUGGUUAGUAUCAACAAAUUAUACUGAAAAAGUUGUUGUUGCUGGAAAGAAUCAAAACAAUUCGAGACAAUCCACUGAUCUGUAUGAUCCAGUUGGGUUUUUUAUUACUGAUGAUUUGACAUUAUAUAUAGCUGACUGGGAAAACAAACGUAUUCAAAAAUGGACAGUUAAUGCAACGGAAGGUACGACAGUGAUAGAAAACUUAAUGUAUGUUGUGGGAUUAACAAUGGAUUGUAAUGGAUAUCUUUAUUUUACUGACACUAACACUGAAGUUAUUUAUCAAUUAAAUAUGGUGGCAAAUCAGAAACGAGUGAUUGUUCGAAAUGAAGAUAAUUUAAAAAAUCUUAUAUAUUAUUGGCCAUUAGCGAUUAAAAUAGAUAGAUUAGGCAAUCUUUUUGUUACAGGUAAUAAUCAAUUACAUAAGUUUUCCAUCUUACACAAAUAA